GCUUCGAGCUCUAUCAAGUGGUGGGAGUGUGACAUCUCCUCCUCUCUCUCCAGCUUUGCCAAAGUAUAAAUUAGCUGAUUAUCGUUAUGGGAGAGAAGAAAUGUUAGCACUUUUUCUGAAAGAUAGUAAGAUACCCUCAGACCUUCUGGAUAAGGAGUUUCUACCUAUUCUACAAGAGGAGCCCCUACUACCUUUGGCACUAGUACCUUUUACAGAAGAAGAACAGAGAAAUUUUUCAUUAUCUGUAAAUAGUACUGCUGUCCUACGAUUGAUGGGACGAGGAGGAGGAGGAGGAGGAACAGUAGUAGGGGCUCCUCGAGGUCGAAGUUCCUCUAGAGGUCGAGGCAGAGGUCGAGGAGAAAGUGCUUUCUACCAAAGAAGUUUUGACGAUGUGGAAGGUGGAUUUGGAAGAGGAGGGGGCAGAGAAAUGCAUAGGUCACAGAGCUGGGAGGAAAGAGGAGACAGAAGGUUUGAAAAAACAGGCAGAAAAGAACCAGAUUUGGAAGCUGUCAAUGUGCUGUCCAUUGAUGCGAAUCUCCAUUUCAGUCCUUUUUGAACUUUUAGUGUCUGUUGCUGGAAGUUCUGGAAUUGUUUUAUCAAAAUUUUCCAUUUUGA